AGAGCAAUCGUACCAAAAAAACGAAGAUUAUUAAUUGGAAAUUCUGAUACGAAUUAUGAAAAUCAGGAAAUGGUGGGGACGGGAAAUUGGGCAUUAGGCAAUGAUAGUGGGCAAGGUGCUUCAUCCAAUUCACCAAAUACCGAAAAUGAUAUAGCUCAUUUAAUUCUGGAUAUCAACAAUCCAGCCUCAUUGUCAGUAUUGGCAUCACUUGCAGUAAAUAAUCCGUCAACACUAAACAAUUUGUCGCAAUUCGAUAUUUACAACGCUUUACCAGCAGCAUCGUCAUUACCAUCAAAUGAAAUAAACAAUCCAGCUGAUUUUUUGGAUGCAGCAGAUCUUUCCUCAUUACUUCAGCCUGAUCAAAUCACACCGUCAAAUGAUCCAUCAUCCACUGCUCCUGAUAAUAAUUCUUCUCUCAUAAAUAAUACAGAAUCAUCUAUUCCCACUAAUACAUUAACUGAUACUACGCCAACCACUACGGCAUCCCAUUAUAAAUUACCAACGGCGGCGCCUUCUAUUCAACAACAAGCAGUAACUGUCUCUCCUACAUCAUCAAAUUUACAGAAUUUACACACAAAUCACAAAGAAAGUCUUCAUGAACUUGAAACUCGAAUAAAUGCAGUGGAAUCAAAUGUUGAUUAUCUUACAUCACUUACAUCACAGUUAGGAUAUGAUCCUGAGAACCAUGAUGAAAUUGAUUUUGAUGAUGAAGUAGAGAAUGAUUUUUUGUCAUAUUAUGAUACGAACUUUAAUCCUACGGAACAAGAUCGACAAAUGUUAUUUAAUCUUAUGAAAGGAAGAAACAAUGAAUCCGACACUGCUACCACUCGGGCGACCGAUUCAAGCAAUACAUUAACUGCUACACCUGGGAAUCCUGUAAAUCGUACUCCUACUUCAACAAGUGGAAGAUCAAAAGUUGAUAAGACCGCGGUAGCAAGUACAUCUAUUGAAGAUAAUGAAUUAAGUAUUGACGAUUUGUUGGCAGACUUGGACGAUGAAGAAAAUCAAUUCAUCAGCUACCAUGAUCGAAAGUAG